AUGCCUCAUUUUUCUGGAGCCACAAGCCACAACAUCAGACCAGUCAGUGAUCCCAAAGGCUUAAGGAGCACCGAGUACCCUCUCCCCCAACACCCCCACCCACUACACCAGAGGGCCCACUCGGGUGCUCACCUGGGGGACAGAGCGGCACUCGGAGCGGGGGAAGCUCGUGGGGAAUUGGGCCCGGCUCUUCCGAGACACCCCUGGCAGCCGAAGUCCCUUGUAAGCUCCGUCCCCGACGUCCCGCAGCCUCCGCUUCUCAACUCCCGCGCUCUGCUCAGAAAUUUCUGCCCUGGCCCUACGUCACCGCGCAUCCGCGGUGUUGACCAAUCACAGCCCUGGGGGCCCGCCCACUCUGGGGGCGGGGACCUGCGUCCCCUCCGCUCACGUUCCCGCAACGUUUCGAGCUCCGCCCGUUGGCGGCCGGCCGGGGGCGCCUCGCCGCCGCGGCUGAGGAGACCGGCUGUGGCCGCUUCCUCCCCACCGGGGUGCAGUCGCCCCGUGCGCCCGCCCUGGCGGGAGCGGGGCUACCGAGAGAUGGGCUCUGUCCAGACCAGGCCACUUCCGCCUGUCGGGUGCUCUUCUCCACACCCCUCCCUGGUGGCCGCGGCCCCUCCGUCUGGCCCACGGCUUCAGCUGUGGGCCUACCCGCUAGCGGCUCUGGGAACUGCUAGGCUGGCGGUUCCCGAAGCGCGGUCCCAGCCCACCAGCGACGACUCGCCUGGGAACCCGCGGGGACGCAGCCUCGCAGGCGCACCCGGACCUGCUGGAGGGGAAACGGGGUGCUCCGACGGACCCUUCAGGAUUCUGGCAUGGGAAUAAAUUUAAAGACAUAACUCAAUGCUGCAUGAUUUCAGGAAAGGUCAAGUGGU